AAAGAAACAGAGACAGUGCAGUUGUCAGUUACAGUGACAGGAACCCCUCAACCCCAAGUGUCAUGGUUUAAAGAUGACAGACCAGUUGAGAUUGACACUAUACGCACUAUUGUAAAGGAUGAGGGCAGUGGACACUUCACAUUGACAAUUAAAGAUAGCAAAGUGACAGACAUUGGCCGAUAUUCUUGCAAAGCUGUCAAUGAGGCAGGAGAAGCUAGAACCGAGGCUACAGUCCAUAUUGCUAAAGAAACCGCUGCUCCACAAUUUACGGAAUUCCUCAGACCAAUGGAAGUGAAAGAAACAGAGACGGUGAAACUAUCAGUGACAGUAACAGGAGUGCCACAACCGCAAGUGUCAUGGUUCAAAGAUGAUCGACCAGUGGAAAUUGAUACUGUGCGUACGAUUGUCAAAGACGAAGGUCAGGGUAGUUAUACUUUGACAAUCCAAGAUGUCAAAGUGACAGACGUAGGCAAAUACUCUUGUAAAGCUGUGAAUGAGGUUGGUGAAGCCAGGACGGAAGCUACAGUACACCUAGCCAAAGAAUCCACAGCUCCACAAUUUACUGAGUUCCUUAAACCUAUGGAGAUCAAGGAAACUGAGACAGUCACACUGUCAGUGACAGUGACAGGAGUGCCACAACCCCAAGUAUCAUGGUUCAAAGAUGACAGGCCAGUGGAGAUUGACACAGUUCGUAUGAUUGCCAAGGAUGAGGGCAGUGGACACUUUACAUUGACAAUUAAAGAUAGCAAAGUGACAGAUGUUGGCAAAUACUCGUGUAAGGCUGUCAAUGAGGCUGGAGAAGCCAAAACUGAGGCUACAGUCAACAUUGCUAAGGAGUCUACAGCUCCGCAAUUCACAGAAUUCCUGCGACCAAUUGAGGUUAAAGAAGCCGAGACUGUCAAACUAUCAGUGACAGUGACAGGAACUCCACAACCACAAAUUGAAUGGUUCAAAGAUGAUAGGCCAAUCGAAAUUGACACUGUACGCAUGAUUGCAAAAGAAGAAGGCAGUGGACAAUAUACAUUGACAAUUAAAGAGAGCAAAGUGACAGAUAUUGGCAGAUACUCCUGCAAAGCCACCAAUGAAGUUGGCACCGCUCGAACGGAAGCUACUGUUCAUGUCGCUACA